AUGGGCAGCUAUACGUUCAAGUGGGAACACCCCGCGGAAGAAGUUUACGUUACCGGUACUUUCGACAACUGGACCAAGAGUGUUAAGCUCGAGAAGCAAGGCGGCAUCUUCGAAAAGACUGUCAGCCUCGAAAUCCCAUCCGACAAGAUCUACUAUAAGUUUGUCGUCGACAACAACUGGACCACCAACGAGUCGUCUCCGAAAGAGGCGGACAAGGAGGGCAACGUCAACAACUUCCUUACUUCCGAGCUCAUUGCUGCUUCGACGCUUUCAACCGCCGCCAUCAACACCGUCGGCCCAGGAUCCACCACCGCUGCAAUGGCCAGUCAACAACCCCUCGAGAAGGACAAGCUUGUAGGAAUCAACCCUCUACCUGCCUCGGAGACCGGAGUAAACCCCAUCAGCCUGAAACCCGGCGAAAAGGUCCCGCAGGAGCUUACUGCUGGCGACAUCCACAAGCAUGUCAAACUGGACAAAGAGUCAUACGAGAAAAGUGAUUCUCUCGUCGGAAUUCCCAACCCUGUCGAUGUCGCUGCAGCAGGCCCCAACGCUAUUCCCGAAUCAGGCUUGCCAAUGUCCCAGAACGCAACUAUCAACACUGUUGCCCCUGGCGCUACCACUGCUGCUCUAGCUGGCCAGGUUCCUCUAGAGUCCAAGGCUGCUGAGCCCACCUCUGGGUCCGACGACAAGAAGAAGAAGAAGAACAAGAAGAAAAACGAGAAGAAGAAGCAGAAGAAGGCUGCUGCCGCCGCCAACGGCAACGGCAAUGCUAACGCCGACGACGACGACAAUGAAGACGAUCAAAGCGAUGCGGCUGCGCAAAAGGGCGAUCACAGCGCUGCUGCCACUGCUGCUACUGUCGGUGGAAGUGUUGCCGCCGUCGCCGCCGCCGUCGCCGCCGGUGCUACCGUCGCCGCUGGUAAGGUCGGCGAGCAGGCUGCUCCCACUUUUGACGCCGCCAAAUCUGCUGCCGCCGAGGCCAUCAACAACAAUCUGCCUGAUGCCGCCAAGGAGAAGCUCCCUGAUCAGGCCAAGCAGUUGCUUGGCCACACCGCCGAAGAUGUCCCCGUCGAGGUUAAGGAGUCCAUUCAGGCGGCAGGUAAGAGCCCCGAGGCUGCUGCAAACGCGACUGCCGUCGAGGAAAAGAAAACUGUCGAGUCUGAGCUUCUCAGAGAGGUCAAGCCCGCUCCCGCCGCCGCUGCGCCCCAAGCCAAGGAGGUGCUUAGCCAGCAGGAGCCUGCCAAGGACGUACCUGCCGAGGUCAAGGAGUCCAUCCAGGAGGCUGGGAGGGGCCCCGAAGCUGCUGCCAACGCUACUGCUGUUGAGGAGAAGAAGGCUGUCGAGUCUGAGCUUCUCAAAGAGGUCAAGCCCGCUCCCGCGGCCGAUGUUUCCAAGGCUAAGGAGACGCCAGUCGUGACGGCUGUCGACAACGGUACCAAGAAGCCCGCAGAGAAGCCUGCCGAGACCAUCAAGGCUCCUGCUCUCGCUGCUGUACCCGUCGUGGCUCCUGGCACAGUCCACCAAGUAAAGCCUGCUGAAAAUGGCGCUGCAAAGGCUGCAAGCGAAACUUCCGCCGCCAAGCCUACCGAGACCAAGGUCACUGUUUCUAAGCCUGUGACUCUUACGCCUGCCCCCCAGGCUGUUGAGACCAAGCCUGCCGAUGCCCCUGUCUCCCAGGCUACCGAGAGCAAGACGUCAGAUGCUUCUGCUCCCACGGUAGCAGAGGUCCCUAAACCUGUGGAGACGACACCUGCCGUUUCCAAGCCUGUCGAGACCAAGGCGGCAGAUGUCUCUGCCCCCAAGGUUGCAGAGGUCCCCAAGCCUACCGAGACGACACCCGCCGUUUCCAAGCCUGUCGAGACUAAGCCCUCUGAGAAGCCUGCGGCCGCUACUCAGUCUGCCGCCAAUGGCUCUGGCUCCAAGCAUGCUCCUGCUGCUACCGCGGAUAAGGCUCAGACAGCCGCCGAGAAAAAGAAGGGUCGUCUGAGCACCUUCAUCAGCAAGAUCAAGGGCAAGCUGUCGGACAAGAACUAG